AUACAUGAGCAGCCGCAUCCAAAAUGAAAUUAUAGAAUGUCAAAUUCUUGCACAAGAGUCAAGCAUUUCAUUAGAACCAAUAACUUAGACUCAAAACUAUGUGUGAGCAUUGAUACUGAUCCGUAUAACCUGAUCUUAGAUGAACAAAAGAGCGCUGUAAUGGAAUUGCAAAAAUGUUUGCCAAAUUAUCUAAAAAGCCCAUGCCCAAAUCAUGCCUUGAAUCUUUCGAUUUCAAAAAGCAGCAGCGUCCAAGCAGUAAGAACUACUGUAGGUAGGUAUACCUAAUGAAGGAAGUAAUUGCGUUCUUCAAAGCA